AUGCUCUGCCGAGCCGCUCUACGGGCCAGGAGCGCUCUGCUUCGUCAUGGACAACGAGUUCGAUAUCGUUCCACUGCCCCUACCACAACAGCGUCCGACGUUCAAAAACGGGCAGAUGACGAUAUGCUGGAAACAAUCGACAUUGAGGAUCUUCCACGAGCUCAGAAACGAUUUGCUAAACAGUUCGAGAAGGUGAACGAAGAGCGUAUAAAGGAGCUGUUUGCGAAGAAUUACAAGAAUCAUAUAGCUAUGGGGGUGUUAGUGUGCCUUGUCGUUAGUAUCUACUUCUAUACGAUUAACGCUGUGAAACAAGAGACGUUUCUGGAAGAAAUCGACGAAGAAAUGGCUGCAGAGCGACCAGCUACACACGGUCAUUUACGACCGGCUGAAAAGUCAUGA